UCUUCUUCCUCUUCCUCGCGGCCCGGCCUGGCCCGGCCAUGGCGGACUUCGACGAGAUCUACGAAGAAGAGGAGGACGAGGAGCGGGCCUUGGAGGAGCAGCUGCUCAAGCACUCGCCGGACCCGGUGGUGGUGCGAGGCUCCGGCCAUGUCACUGUGUUUGGACUGAGCAACAAAUUUGAAGCAGAAUUUCCUUCGUCCUUAACAGGAAAAGUCGCACCUGAGGAGUUUAAAGCCAGCAUCAGCAGAGUGAAUAGCUGUCUUAAGAAGAAUCUUCCAGUCAAUGUCCGAUGGCUGCUUUGUGGCUGCCUUUGUUGCUGCUGUACUUUAGGUUGUAGUAUGUGGCCAGUGAUUUGCCUCAGUAAAAGAACACGAAGAUCGAUUGAGAAGUUAUUAGAAUGGGAAAACAAUAGGUUAUACCACAAGCUGUGCUUGCAUUGGAGGCUAAGCAAAAGGAAAUGUGAAUCGAAUAACAUGAUGGAAUAUGUCAUUCUUAUAGAAUUUUUACCAAAGACACCAAUUUUCCGACCAGAUUAGCAUUUGCUUUACUUUAGAGACUUACCCAAGUAUAUUGUCUUUUUUCCAAUGGUGCCUUGCUUGGUGCUCUCCUGGUGAUGACAUAGCAUUGGUUCUACAUAAUAUUGUGGUUUCUUCAUUCUUUUCUUUUGUAAUGGCAUGUUCAAAGUGCAUUUUGUCAAAUUUUGUGGAAGUCAUUUCACGCAGACGUUAGUGUAAUUUAUUUCCUGUCCUUUUUCCGUUGUUGAUGUAUCCUGAUUUUUCCAGAGACUUUAUAUAUACAUAUAUCUAUGUAUGUGUGUGUUUCUGUGUGUAUAUAUAUACAUACAUAUAUAGCUAUAAACAUAAAACCAAAAAUAGCUAUAAGUGAGAAGUUUUUUUAACCCCAUAGAAAUUGUGAAAAUUGGCAAUCACUUUAAUCUAUGCACUUGCAGCUUCUCUGAAUCUCUGCAUAUUUUGCCAGCGACAUACUUGUAUAUAUCAGAGUUUUUCCUUCUCCUUUCUGGAACGUAAAUCAGCCACCUGUAAGGCGACAAGCAGCAUUUCUUGAAACCCAAACAUUGGUUCACCUUUGCGCAUUUCUCUAUUCCAUGAAGAAGUACCAUCUGUUCUGAAGAUGUUCUUCCCAAGAAACUUGAAAUUGGAUUGCUAGUAUUCCACUAGAAGAAUUUGUGAUGGAUUUGCAUGUGUUCAGUGGUUAAUACUGCUCAGGAUCAUAAAAAAAUUAGUAUUUCAUGGGGGACUGGUACACACGAAACACUGGUCAAUCCUGCUGUGAAUAAGAGAACUGGGAUUGAGGGGGAAGUGGAAUUUGUGAUCUCCAAACCUGCUCCCAAUCUCUUAAUCCUGGUUCAGAAUAGACCAGUUUUUUGUAUGUGUGCACCUACUGUGUGUGUGUGUGUGUGUGUGUGUGUGUGUGUGUGUAUGAGAGAGAGAGAGAGAAAUUAUGUAUGUAUAUACUGUGUGGCUAAUGCCAUGUAACAGCUUUACUGUUUUUAUUGUUUACUAGAUCUAAUAGUACACAAGGAUGCAAGCUUGUCAGAAAAAUAUCUGUUAAAUACUUCAGUAGUUUGAGUUUUUAAAUGUUGCAGUGUUUGGCUCCAGGUCAGAGAACGGAAGUCUCAAUUCCUAUUGAAAUUGAUGGGUUAUGUUAGUUGUGACUAACUUUUGAAAUCCCAUUAAUUUCAGCGGGAUUUGAGCACAGUUAAGUUUCUAUAAUUAUUUCAGGUGGAGUCUUUGUAUGUAAAACAUUUACAACAUUGUACCAGAAGCUACAGAUGUGUUGAUGAUUUUUACAUCUGUUUAUCAGAUGUGCAAAUCAAAAAUUAGUGAUUUGGCUGAAUAGCUUACUGAAUGUACUGGAUAAAUACUUAUUGCAUCCCAGCUUUUUUCUUUUUUCUAUGUUUACAUGGUUAGCUUUCUGUUUAUUGUUUGCACAAGAAAGCAUUAAAAAUAUGGAUACGUGAUAGUAUGCUUUGGUCAGGGCAGUUUUUAGUUUUUUGGCUGUGCAUAUCUUCAUAUAUUGUGUUUAAAGCCUACUUAAUACAAAUAUUUCUGAAAUCUUGGGGUUUUUUUGGGAGCUUAACGUACAUGAACUAUAACAUAUGUUAAAAGGGCCCAUUCUUCAUGUAGCAGAGCAAUAAUGUGAAUAGCCAACAAAUGCAUUGUGCUUACUGUUUGUACUAUGAAAAGUUUACCCCACUGCAAGGAUUCCAUUUUCCUUCAUUUAAAUACAGUUUCACUUUAUUGUCAUUAUACAGCUAUGUUUAUUGUGUAUUUUUCAAUGCUUGCUGUUCAUAGCAGAUCUUCAUUAGGAGAAGCAUCUUUUGUAAAGGAAAGAAUUUCCAGGAAAGUAUCAAAUCA